ACCGCCUCCGCACCCAUUGCGCCACGCUCCGCCGUCCACGCCCCCCGCAACCAUGAGGGCCGCUUCCCGCCUGUUCGCCGCCGUCAAGCCCGGCCAGUUCCUCGAGGCCGGCGCCCCGACGGGCCUCACGGGCCUGCUCACCCACCCGUCGCCGCGCUCGGCCCUGCUCUACCACUACAACAGCACCCUCACCAAGCUGAAGCACGCGCCCGAGUCGUCCGUCUACCGCCAGUCCGUCGAGGCCCUGACCCGCCACCGCCUGCGCAUCAUCGAGGAGUCCAAGCCCAAGGGCUGGGACGCCUGGCAGGACACGAUCCGCUCGCAGAUCGCCGACGACCCCGACCACUUCCAGACCCUCGAGACCGACGCCGGCAUUGCCGUGGUCCUGCCCAAGGUGCAGAACGUCGACUACGGCCAGAACCGCAAGGCCGAGUGGGACGGCGAGAUCGCCCCGUCCUUCCCCGAGGGCAUCAGGUCCCAGAAGGAGCGCCGCAAGGACGUCAAGGCCCUCAAGGGCGACCCCGCCUACAAGGCCCGCCGCGCCAACUCGCCCACCGUCUUCGCCCCGGAGCCGCAGUACACCAUUGAGGCCAUCUCCGACCUGGAGAGCAAGCUCGGCGCCGGCCUGAUCGAGGAGGUCAUCGCCGUUGCCGAAGCCGAGCACAAGCUCGUCGACACCAUGAUCAAGAGCAAGGUCUGGGAGCCCCUCGAGGAGGCCAUUCCCGAGGGCCAGUGGGUGUACGCCGAGCGCAACACCCACACCGGCACCACAUAGACCCUGCGAGUACGAGCGGAUUGUAUAUAGUACCCACACUCGACCAAUGAAGACUUGAUUCCCCAC